AAAGAGAAUUACGUAAACAAAUUCUCAUCGAUCUCUUAAAUACGAAAUCUAAAAUAAAAUUUUAAUAAUAAAAAAAUAAAAAAUCAGCCAUUAUUUCUCUACAUUAAAUCAUACUUAAUUCAUAAUGCUUCUUCCACUUCAACAACUCUCUCAACAAACUCUAUCCGCGCCAUAAACUUAACGGGAAAAAUAAGAGAGCAGAGAUCAGAAAUGGAAAGCCACCGCGAAAUGAGCGACGGUCGUCCGACGGUGAUGGUGACCAACGACGACGGAAUCGACGCCCCCGGCCUCCAAGCUCUUGUUCGUGCUCUCGUUUCCUCCGAUCGAUUCCAAGUCUUCGUCAGCGCACCUGACAGGGAACAGUCUGCUGUUAGUCAUAGUUCCACAAUCUUAACUGUUAUGCAUGCCAAGCCUGUCCAAAUUGAUGGAGCAAUUGCUUUUGCAGUUUCUGGAACCCCUGCUGACUGUACAUCUUUGGGAAUUUCCAAGGCUCUCUUCACCUCAAUACCUGAUCUGGUAAUCAGUGGCAUUAACAAGGGCAGCAACUGUGGUUAUCACAUUAUUUAUUCAGGGACUGUAGCAGGAGCUCGGGAAGCAUUUCUGCACAACAUACCUGCUGUUUCUAUAUCAUAUGACUGGUACGGUCCAGGAGGGAGGCGUAAUGUCGAUGAGUUUGCACUGGCGGCAGAGGCUUGCUUGCCUAUAAUCAGCGGUAUGUUGGCUGAAAUCAAGAAGAACACUUAUCCACGAAACAGUUUUCUCAAUAUAAAUGUUCCAGCAGAUGUUGUGAAUCAUAAGGGCUAUCGGCCAACCAAGCCCGGUAACAGCAUGAAUAUACUCGGGUGGAGGCAAGUCACUUCUCAGGCUCAAGGCGAGGAAAUGAUAUCAGCAAUGGUUGCAACAGCAGGCUCGUCCUCAAUCUCUGAACCAGAGGCAACGGACGCUACCAAAACCGAGCAACUUAUGUUCAUAAGAAAACUCUUGGCGUUACAGGUCGAAGAUGGUGGCACGGACUGUUCUUCUCUUCUAGAAGGAUACAUCAGUGUGAGUCCUCUUUCUGCUAUGUCUCCUGCUGAGGAAGAAAGCCACUCAUAUUUAGCAGAGUGGCUGCCACUUCUCAACCAAUGCUUCUCUUCUUCUACCAUUUGAGUUUGAACACAGAAGCUGCAAAUCUAGUAUGAUAAAUGUAAUUCUUGAAAUUUUGGUCUACUACACAUAGCUCACAUAAUAAUCAAGAUUUGUAUAAAAAAUAGAUAAUUAUUUGUAUCUUUGAACUAUGAAACUACAUCCAGAGAGAUUUUACUA